CGUUUCGUAGACACUACUUGACUUCGUCUCUACCCCUGUCAAUUUCUGGCUUCGCCACUGGGUGCAGACGUCCUUCCAUGGCUAAAGAGAGGGUUGGAUUAUGAGUGGGCAAGGCUGGGUUCGAUGGAAGAUGUUUUGGUGUAGGGGAGGGCUCAGCAGAGGAGAGGUUUUUGCGGACGAGAUCUACGGCAGACAGCAACAUAGUCUUACGAGGAGAGAGUGGCUGUUUGGUUAUAGGUGCAAUGUUAGAGUUGGUUGUUUGGUUAUAAAUUUAGCAAGAGUUUUGGUUGACAUGUGACUUUUAUUUAUUGGUGGUCAGUAAAACUAUACACUAACUAGUCAUGUCUAAUUAUUGUCCCAGAUUAAGCAGCACCACUCAAAAAUAUCAUAUAUACCAGACAAAAGUUAGCAUAUAUUAUAAUACAAUAUUGGGCAGGUGGUGCUGUACGUCUCUGCAUGCCGACGACAUCCCGGAUGGCACUUGACCAAGAGGAUAAUCCGGUAGUGGUGCAUGCCGGCGACAUCCCUCCCAUCCUCAGCUUCCGUGACUUCUCCCGCCUGUUCUACAGAGAAACCAAAACGCUAUGGUACCUCGCUGGCCCAGCCAUCUUCACUUCCUUAAGCCAAUAUUCCAUCGCCGCCAUCACACAGAUCUUCGCCGGCCAUGUGGGCAUCUUAGAGCUUGCAACCGUAUCCGUCGCAAACUCUGUCAUAACCGGCUUCUCAUUUGGUGUUAUGUUGGGCAUGGGGAGCGCGCUUGAGACGUUGUGUGGGCAAGCGUUCGGAGCAGGGCGGCUGGACAUGUUAGGAAUUUACAUGCAGAGGUCGUGGGUGAUCCUCAACGCCACCGCCGUACUGCUCUCCUUUUUUCACAUCUUUGCACAGCAACUACUCAAACUGAUAGGGCAGCCCGAUGACAUAUCGAAGGCGGCGGGACAGUUCGCGAUAUGGAUGAUACCACAACUGUUUGCCUACGCCAUGAACUUCCCGCUAGCCAAGUUCUUGCAGUCGCAGAGCAAGAUCAUGGUCAUGGCAGCGGUAUCCGCAGUGGCUCUGGUCUUGCACACGUUGUUCAGCUGGCUUUUGAUGUUGAAGCUCGGGUGGGGACUGGCGGGCGCCGCCGUCGUGUUCAACGCGUCCUGGUGGUUCAUAGUUUUGGCUCAGUUGGUUUAUAUAUUUUCUGGGACAUGUGGUCGAGCUUGGGUUGGGUUCUCGUGGAAGGCCUUUCAUAAUCUUUGGGGUUUUGUUAAGUUGUCUGUGGCUUCUGGAAUCAUGAUCUGUUUGGAAUAUUGGUACUUUAUGGCACUAGUUCUUUUUGCUGGGUAUCUGAAGAAUGCAAAGGUUGCUGUGGAUGGCCUAUCCAUAUGUGUGAGCAUAUCCGGAUGGACGUUCAUGGUAGCUUUCGGCAUGAACACAGCUAUAAGUGUGAGAGUGUCUAAUGAACUAGGCGCAUCUCACCCAAGAACGGCAAAGUUUUCGUUAGUAGUGGCCGUGAUGACUUCAUUUCUGAUCGGCGUUGCCCUCUCGCUAGCACUCAUCGUCACCCGGGACAUAUAUCCGUCUUUGUUUUCAAGCGAUUCGGAGGUGAAAGCUCUUGUGAAGCAACUCACUCCGUUGCUGGCUACCUGUAUUGUUAUAAACAACGCUCAAACGGUUCUCUCUGGGGUCGCCGUUGGAGCAGGAUGGCAAGCUGUAGUGGGUUAUAUGAACAUGAUAUGCUACUAUGCAUUUGGGGUUCCCUUGGGCCUAAUCAUGGGUUACAAGCUUCAUGGGGGUGCAAAGGGUAUUUGGAUUGGAUUGCUGCUGGGGACUGUCCUUCAAACUGGUAUCCUUUUUUCGAUGAUUUGUAAAACCAGCUGGAACAAAGAGGCAUCUAUAGCUGAAGACAGGAUAAGGAAAUGGGGAGGGGAAAUAGAAUCGAAAGAGAACAGAGGGCAUACAGAUUCACAGAACAACGAUGGACAUACAGAUUUGGAAAAGAACAACGAUUUAGGUCUUAUCAGGAAGGAGGGCUAGAUACUGUAAGAAGUAACAUACAUCUUGUGAAUCCUAAUAUGGCAAUGGAACUCGACAAUGAAAACAGUCGAUAAAUAAAAUCGUGUUAACUAUCGCUCAGGUCAUGUUCAGUUUUUUCGGUUUUUUUCUUUUUCAGCCCUAAUUAGGACACCGUCCCAGUUGCAUGUAAGUUCUUCUCCCAAACAGCAGCACUAAAAUAUAUUAUUUAUUACAGCUCGCAUCAUAUGCUUGUACAGCCUAAAAGAGCAAACUAACAAAUGCAGUUAUACGGUGCGUAAGAACAUCUGAUUUGAUAGUUACUAAAUACUUAACUGAGUGGAUUAACAAGGAGGACAGAAGAUCAAUUCAAUUUUACUCUGCCUCUAUAACAUCUGUUGAACUUGUAAACCAACCAAGAACACAUCACAAAUGCAAACGAAUGUGAAUCUUAAGAGGGUCUAAUAUGCAAAACAAUCAUAAACUGUUAAGCAGUCGGAUGACCUCUACCCAAAACACACCGGCAAAAAGCAUUUCUGGCCAUUCAACCUGUGCAUUGGAGGACUAACAAGAUACAGUUGGGGCCUACACCCAGCACAUAUGUUGUGGAAAAUAGACGAAAUGCACAAAUGCAAAAACUCGAUUUCACAAGUGCAAGUGGCGUCGAAUCAACAUGAAUUUCAAUGCUGCAUUCGGAAAGCAUACAUAGCAAUGCUCACGAGCUUUCGAAAAUGGAUAAUCAUACUGCCAAACAAAAUUUAACAAACACAAAAUCGAAACAAAACCGUCACGAUACCACAACGUAAUCAUACAUCCACAGCAAAACCGUUCAUUUGGAAAAGCAGAAAUGCAUAUAAAUAUCCGCUAAUUAAACUUCCAAAAUAUAACAUAAACUGUAGCUCAGCAGUCUAAACAGAAAUUCCAAAUCGAAAAGACAGCAACUUUAAUCGAAAACCCUAGUGCUCAAAAUUCCAAAACAACCCAAACCUAAGCGGUGAGCACGACGGCGCCACCGGC